GUGGCAUGUAGUAUAUUCACAGUGUUGUGCAACCAUCAUCUCCAUCUAGUUCCGAAACAUUUUCAUUGUCCCAAAAGGAAACCUGGUACCCAUUAAGCAGUUACUCUCGCUCCUCCUAGCCCCUGGCAACCACUAAUCUUCUUUCUGUCUCUAUGGAUUUACCUAUUCUUUAUAUGUCAUAUAAAUGGAAUCAUGCAAUAUAUGAUGUUUUGUAUCUGAUUGCUUUCACUUAGCAUAAUGUUUUUGAGGUUCAUCCAAGUUGUAGCAUGUAUCAGUACUUCAUUCCUUUUUUUGGUGACCCUUCGUUUUUUAAUGUGAAUGGCUAACCAAGAAUCAGCAGAUGUUUGAGGACAACAUGCAAAAUGAAAGAGAAACAGAAAAAUGGACCUUAGCUGAAACAGACCAGUAAAUAAUUUUGCUUGUUUUUAAAAGCACACUAUUUAGUAUUCUCUAAGAUAAUCAAGAAGAUGUGGCAUCCAUAAAACAAUCAGAGAUGCCAUCGGGAAGAAACAGUCAAAAUAAAAAAGAGCUCAUGGAGGUGAAUUAUGGGUUUGCAAGUUAAAAAAUAUUCUGUAGAUAGAUCAGAAGAUAAAAUUAAGAAGAUCUCUCAAUGUAAAGCCAAAAUACAGGCAAAAAAUAUAUGCAAUAAGUAAGAGACAUUAGAGGAUCAAUCUAGAGAUCCAGUAUCUACUAGAAUUUCUGGGAAGUGAGAAUAAAAAAUUGAAAGGAGGAAAAUAUUAAAAGUAUAAGGAGAAGAAAUUUUCCAGAAGCUAAAGAGAGGAGCAGUCUUCAUAUUGAAAGGGUCUACCCUUGCCCAGAAGAAUAAAGACAGACCUACUGCUAGAAUUGUCACUGUGAAAUUUCAGAAAAAUAAGGAUAGGCAGAAAACCCUAAAAGUUUCCAUGAAGAUAUAUCAGGUCUUCUAAAAGAAAUGGAAAUCAGAUUUCUCGUCAACAACAGUGACAACCAGAAGACAAUGGAGCAAUGGUCUUCAAAUUCCUGAAGGAAAAUGGUUUUGAACCUAGAAUUCUGUCAUUGCAAAAUAAACUUGUUUUCAAGAUGUGAAAGACUCCCGAAAGUUACUUCCCUUUUACCUUUUUUGAAGUAGUUACUUGCAGAUAAAAAUCAAAAAAGAGGAAAAUAAAGAAUUCAAGAAAUGGUUGAACUAAUCUAGUAGUUCAUUGAAAAGUCUCAUGGUGUUCUCUGUACAACAGGCCUGGAAAGCAGUCAGCCCAAAUUUGAACCGAAUUUUGGUGGGAUCCAAGAAAAAUUUAUUCAGGAAUAGGAAAGGGGUAGAUUCCAAGCAAUAGAUAGAAUGAAGAAGCUGGAAUUGGGAUACAGUGAAGAAACCAUACAACUCUUUACAAGGGGCAAGGGAAUUAGAAUUCCCAUGCAAAGCAGAAAAACUACACACAAAAAAUUAUGAGCCAAAUAUAAAGGAAACACGUGUGGCACAACUAUGAGUAAUUGGUGGUGACUAAAUAAAGAUGAUGUAUUUGUGCUUAAUGUAUGAACAUUCUUGUUUGGCCCAAGGGAAGUGACAUUGGAAGCACACGGAAGAAAAUGUAAUUCUGGUCCUGUAUACAAUAUCUCGAAGUUACAAAGGCCGUUGAUGCUCACUGCCAUCAGCUGCAUCCUCCCUAUGGCACUGGUAUCUCAUUCAGUUGCUAAACUUAUAUUAGUUAAUUUCCACUGGCAAGUUGCAGAGAUAUUGGACAGGUACAAGUCUAAUUCUGCUCAGUUGCUCGUUGAGGCUCGAGUUCAGCCCAAUCCAUCGAAACAUGUCCCCACGGCCCAUCCCCCUCAUCACUGCGCAGUGUGUAUGCAGUUUGUGCGGAAGGAAAACCUACUCUCUCUGGCCUGUCAGCACCAGUUUUGCCGCAGCUGCUGGGAGCAGCAUUGCUCAGUACUUGUCAAGGACGGCGUGGGUGUGGGUUGUCUUUGUUCAACAGGAGUCUCUUGCAUGGCUCAGGACUGCCCACUCCGAACACCAGAGGAUUUCGUGUUUCCAUUGCUGCCCAACGAAGAAUUGAGAGAUAAAUACAGGCGCUACCUCUUCAGGGACUAUGUGGAAAGUCAUUACCAGCUCCAGCUCUGCCCUGGUGCAGACUGCCCCAUGGUUAUCCGGGUACAGGAGCCCAGAGCUCGCAGAGUACAGUGCAAUCGGUGCAACGAGGUCUUCUGUUUCAAGUGUCGUCAGAUGUAUCACGCCCCCACAGACUGCGCCACAAUCCGGAAAUGGCUCACGAAAUGUGCGGAUGACUCUGAAACAGCCAACUACAUUAGUGCUCACACUAAAGACUGUCCCAAGUGCAACAUCUGUAUUGAGAAGAACGGAGGCUGCAAUCACAUGCAAUGCUCCAAGUGUAAACACGACUUCUGCUGGAUGUGUCUAGGAGAUUGGAAGACCCAUGGCAGCGAGUACUAUGAGUGCAGUCGGUACAAGGAGAACCCCGACAUUGUCAACCAGAGCCAGCAAGCCCAGGCCAGAGAGGCCCUCAAGAAGUACUUGUUCUACUUUGAAAGGUGGGAAAACCACAAUAAGAGCUUACAGCUGGAGGCACAGACAUACCAGCGGAUUCAUGAAAAGAUUCAGGAGAGGGUCAUGAAUAAUCUGGGGACGUGGAUCGACUGGCAGUACCUACAGAAUGCUGCCAAGCUCUUGGCCAAGUGUCGAUACACCCUGCAAUACACAUACCCGUAUGCAUACUACAUGGAAUCUGGACCCAGGAAGAAGCUGUUUGAAUACCAGCAGGCUCAGCUGGAGGCUGAGAUCGAAAACCUGUCAUGGAAAGUGGAGCGUGCAGACAGCUAUGACAGAGGGGAUUUAGAGAACCAGAUGCACAUAGCAGAGCAGCGGAGGAGAACCCUGCUGAAGGAUUUCCAUGACACGUAGGUUGGGACACGGAUGUGCCGGAGUGAGGAAGAUGUGGCUGCGAGGUCUCCUGGCUGCCAUGCUGCAUGCUGCAGGCUCUUCCUUUCACGACCCCAGGCAACAGCCAGGGCACCACUCCUGAGAGACACUGGCCACACACUUCUUAGUCGAUUUCUGUUUUCUUCUCAUCUUUUUGCUUUUUAUUUCUAUCAGGGUAGAGGCCAUGUUGAAUUGGCCACUUUUCAGGACUUUUAAUUCCCCUGGAUGGUUGUUGGGAGGGAGGGAAAGUUUUUUCUGAAUGACUAUUAAUAGUAUUAGAGCAUUACAACUUACAUAAUUUUCAAAAGUUGUACAAUUAUACAAAAAAGGGCAAACAAACCAUAGAAUUACACAGAACCCUUUUUAAAAAUAAAUUGGCAUUGGAGUGUUUUACCUUCUAGCUAUUUUACUUAGAAUGUAAUAUAUACUGCCUGCCCAUCCUGGCUCAGAAUUGUCUACUGCAGGAGGGCCCCACAGUGGUCUCUGCUUUCCAGAUUCAUAUGUGUUUGGUCACAGCUAGAAGUCCCAGUCGAAGAGCAUGGUUGGCAGGUGGGGAAUUGAGUUGGCCUGUGUAACAGGCAUGGAGCACAGGGAAUCACAUCAUGCCUUCUGACUGGUCCUUGUAGACCCUUUUGUGGUCAGGUGUACCUGCCUUACCUUGGUAGUGAGGAGACAAUACAGAAUAGGGUCUUGCUAUAGGGUGUUCUCAUCUCUGACAGUGCUGCAUAUCUGUGGGCUCAUCUUUAUUCUUGAAAAUGACGUCUACCUGAGUCUGGCUACUGAGGCCACAGCCCACAGCCGAGCAUAGAUGGCCUUGUGGCCCUCUAGACCAGGGGACACGAGUUCAGCACGGUGUUUCCUUUUGUCUCCUAAAGAUAGAAAUGCACUUUUAAAGGGAAUCAUUCCCCAAAAUAAAUUUGUUUCACCUUGGUCCCUUCUUUUGUGCCGAUGUUCUUGUGGUGUACCUCUGACCAGGUUCACAUGUGGCCAUACCUGGCACUGUCCUGCUACACUCUCUUCUGGUAAACUUCAGGGUGAGAGUUCAGCAUGGCCCUCCCAAGGGCACUGGUCUCCCUGGCUCAGGGGCCUUGUUUGCACAAGUUAUUUUCCUGGAUUCCUGUGUUACCUGGAGUGUGUCCAGCAGCUGCUCUAGAGGUUGGGUGCUCUCCCCCUUGCCUGGUUCCAGCUGUUGAAGGACACCAUCUUUAGGGUCUGGGAGUCUGAGGCCAGGAGGGUCCAGGGAAGAGGGCCAGCUUUUGCAUAGUUGAGUGCAAAGGAGCAAGUGGUUUGCAUGAUGUCCUACUUGUCCUGAACCUGGUCCAGUGGUCCUUUGAAAAGUUACAUCUGUGAUUCUUGCAGUUUCUUUGGCUUUGUUCAGUGCCUCUACUCUGAGGCUAGCAGAGCCUGUCUAUACUUGACAGGGCCUCCUUGACCUCCUGGAAGAGUUGCUUGGGAGAUCUGUGAAUAUUGUGUUGGAAAUUCUUUGAUAUCCAAACAUUUUCACCUCAGCAAUUUCCCAGGUGCCAUGUAAACUGUAAACUGAAUCACUCUUGAAGACAGAGAACAGCUGUGAAUCUGGGGUCAUGGGUAUAUGGUUGGCUACAGGCUCCCUUUCUACCCCCCUCAGGUUUUGUCUCUUCCUGUCAUCUCCUGUAAGGGAGGAACUGUGGGGUGAGGUGAGAGAAUAAGUUAGGAAUGUAGCAAAUGAACCCAGAAUUGGACAGUGGAGAGCUAACUGAACGAGGAGAGUACCUGCUGCAGGACCUAGGGGUGGGAUGUGAAUGCUGUGCUGGCACAUGGGAGAUCCUGGUGUCUGGAUCCUUUAUCUCUCCACUGAAUCUUUUCUGUGUCACCGCCAUGGCGCGGACCCGAGUUGCAGCUGUGUACCGUAAGUCACACCCUGAGCAUCGCUGGGCAUUUUUUGGACUGCACAGCCACCAUGUAGUGCACUUGAAUCCAGCUGUGGCUCCAGCCACUGAAGCUGUGGGAAGUUCUGUGCCUAGACUACAGCAUGCAGCCCUUGACCUGUGGAGAGCUUCCUUUUGUGCCCCCAGUGGCUGUCUUUCAUUAACAUCAUCAGGAAGAUGGGAAAGGUCAGGCAGAAUUUUUCUGCCCUACAAAUAGAAGAUAAAGGAAGGCACAGUGUUUUCAUGAAUUUGCCAUAUCUUUGUUUUCUUUGAGAAAAAGUUGAGGCAAUGUCAUCUGCUCAAAGUUGAGUUGGUUUAUUCAAAAUAAACUGAAAUUUUCUGAUUAUAAAA